UAUAGUCACCGCUCUCUCUCUCUCUGCAACAAUCCUUCUUUACCCAUUACCCAUUUGGUCUCUCAAUAAAAGGGACCAUCCCAUAAACUCUAAAGCCUCCUUCUUUGCUUAAAAAAGUUUGCUUUUUUUUUUUUUUGGCCAUUUGUCUCGCUCUCACCCACACCAUUGAACCCACCUAACCCCACUUCACAAAAUCUUGGUUUUGUUUCAUAACAUGAACCUCUGGUUACGUAGCACGAUGAAUGCACUUUAAAAUUCAUCUGUUUUUUCCUCUGGUUUUGUUGGGGGCGUUGUUUGACUUCAUUUCUGGUCUUCUCUCUCCUCUCAUUUCUGGAGAAUGUCUGUUGGCGAGGUUGCUCCAGUUUUUGUGGCGUGGGAGGAGCAAGUUAUAUGCCAGGAGCGUGGGAACCGUGUGAUUCAUUUCUACUUGAAGGAUGCAUCUGGGAAUUCAGUGCUUGCUGUUGUGGGGACUGAGAGGAGUGUGAGGCACAUGAUGUAUGUUGUCCAUGACCAUUUUUUGCAGGCUUAUGGAUCCACUCAACCCAUCAAUGCUUGUAAAUGGAGGGCAAGGAGAGAGGUUGUCGACUGGCUCACUUGUUUGGUCUCAAGGAAUCGACCGCACAUUGAUGGUGUACAGCUGGAUGAUUCAGAACAAGGUGUAGAAUCUCUCAAGAUGUUAACAGCUGGAAUCAAUGCUUGUAAAAAAAGUUUACCAGAUAAAAUGAUUUCUAGGAAAUUAAAAUUUCAAAGUUCAGAUAUUGAAUGGUCAGGCAUUGGUUGGUUUUGUGCUAAACAGCUGAAGCACUACUCAGGGUUUUGCAGGAAUGGAACAACUGUUAAUGUUCAUUCAUUUGUAUAUAUUAUGGCUGAAGAAGAAAACCACUACCUUGGUUACUUGGAAGAUAUGUAUGAAGAUAAGAAGAGGCAAAAAAAGGUGAAGAUACGGUGGUUUCACCAGGGUCAGGAAGUUAAGCAUGCGAUUCCACAGCUGAAUCUGCAAGAGGGAGAGGUUUUCAUCACACCUCAUGUUCAGGUGAUCAGUGCUGAGUGUGUCAAUGGUCCUGCAACAGUUUUGACUCCUAAACAUUAUGAGAAAUACCUUGCUGGUCUGCCCCAUGGCCCUUUAUCUGAGAUCCAUAUGUGCUUUAGGCAGUUUAAAGACAAUAAGCUUAAGCCCUUCAAACUUUCUAAGUUGCGUGGAUAUAGUAACCAAUCUGUGCUUUCUUGUUUAAGUAGUCCAAUUCUCUCCAAGAGAAAGGCCAAGUGUCUACAAGAUGAUGAGAACUUCACUGAAGAUGAUUCUUUAAGGUCCAGCAAUAAGAGGAAUAGAAAUUCUAGGGGGUAUCAAGUACUUGAAAAAGGUUCUUCUGGUCUGCAAAACUCUGCUCUGAUAAAUGAGAUGACAACAUGUGAACCAAAAUACCCGAGUUUAAAAUUGAAACUAUCAAGAAGAACAAUGGGUAUUAAUGUUAUUGGACCUAAGCCUCAACUGUCUUUUAAGGUCAAUGAAAAGAUUGAGGUUCUCUGUCAAGAUAGUGGCCUUAGAGGAUGCUGGUUUAGGUGUAAAAUCUUGACUAUGUCUCAGAGGCAGCUGAAGGUCCAGUAUGAAGAUGUGCUGGAUGUAGAUGGGCCGGAGAAAUUAGAGGAAUGGGUCCUUGCAUCUAGAGUUGCAGAUCCUGACAAAUUGGGUAUGCGAUGUUCAGGCCGCUUAACAGUUCGACCAUGCGCUCCUGAAUUUACUACAGAUCAUAGUUUUGAGAUUGGAGCACCAGUGGAUGCCUGGUGGUGUGAUGGAUGGUGGGAAGGUGUCAUAACUGCCAUCAAUGUUCGUGGAGUUGGAAUCCAGCAGGUUUAUUUGCCUGGUGAAGAUAAGUUUCUAAUGGUCGAGAAGAAUAACAUUCGGAUAUCCCAAGAUUGGAUUGGUAACAGGUGGGUUGAUAUACCUGGAAAGCCUAACAUUUGCAGCUAUAUAUCUUUGAAUGUCAGUUCCAGCAUCAGACUGUCAGCUAAUUCUGCAAUGGUAGAUGGAUCUAUGUCUGAUUGCGGUGCAAUAUUAGAAAGUAAAUCUUCGUCAAUUCCCAAAGUUGAAGUUGCUCAAAAGGUUGAGCCAGAAUUAUCUUGUUUGGAAGCACCUGAUGACCUGGAAAGUAUGAAGAGAAUAACUUUGAGGAAGCCGCUCCAUGCCAUUCAUGAAGAAGACAAGGAUAACAACACUGGUGGUGGUAGUGUUGGUGACAGUGACAAUGACGAUGUUUAUGAUGAUAGGAAGUCACUCCAUGCCUUUGAUGAAGACAAGGAUAAUAGCUUUGGUGGUGGCAAUGGCAGUGGCGGUGACACUAACAAUGAUAAUGAUGAUGAUGAUGCUGACAACACUGAAGGGGACAGUGAGGAAAAUUUGAUGAUGGAGGGAAAUUUUGAUUAUUCCGAACCAAAACUUGAUGCAGCAGAAGCAAUACAAGUUACAUGAAUACAUAUGGUAGAGCUAAAUGGUUUGUUUUUUUGGUAUCCUAGUGAUUAUACCUGAAGGUGGAAUCACCUUGUAUAUACAACGAAGUGAAGCCCCGGGGUAGUAAUAUACAUGCAGAGGAUAAUGAAAGUUUCUGACUUUAAGGAUAACUCUAGUGUAUAGCUUAUGUGUUUUGGUUCAGUCUUUCAUUAGAUCAAUACUCUAUAGGAUGAUAUAUUUUAGGAUGUUUAUUAAGUCAUGUGGUUGUUAGAUGCACAAUUGCGCAUGUCUUAAGAGUAAAGUUAGCCCAUGAGUAAAGUUUGUGAUUUAAGAUUUUAAGCAGUUUUGACUUUUGACCAUAUGUAUCUUUCAAGAUUUUGUCUUGUUUCAAGUUCAAAAUCCUUACA